CGACGUUCUGGAUACGACAGAUGACCCAAGGAGAUUGACCGAGCAAGACGUUGUUAUAGAUACGAAACAAGUUCUUGCCUUGGAUAUUAUGGGGAUGGAUGAUACUAAUAAAGUUACCUUGGAGCAGGAUAGGAGUGAAGAUACUGUAGUAGACACCCCUAAGAUAAAAACAUCUGAGAAAGUAACUAAGUAACCUCCUCCCAUAACAGGAAUUCGUGGCUUUCCCCUUAACAUAAUAUGAGGCUGUGCUGCAAAUCUUGAUUGGCUCUUGCCCGUAAAACGGCGAAGGUUUAGGUCCAGCGACGCCCAAAGCACUAAAUAAAACAGCCGCUUAGUUUUUACCUCUACAAACUUAGGCUUAUCCCGUGCAAAAACUAAUAAAGUUACCUUGGAGCAGAAUAGGAGCCAGGAUAGGAGCGAAGAUCUUGUCCUAAAAACACGUCGCGGUCCUUGGAGUGGGGAUGCGGGGUCGUCGAUUAGUACCUUGGCUGAUGAUCCUAGCCUUGAUGGCACAGUCUUGUCCCUAUUGAAAGCGCUGGAGGACAAUGGUUCUGCCUUAUUUUCUCGCAACACCUGCUACAAUGCAAGUGUAGCGCGAACUCCGACAAAAAAUCGUCGCACCAGGAGGCUGCAAACAUCAAACAGCUGUCAACAACAUGUUUUCAAAAGAACGGCGGGAAACAGAAGCGGACUACGGGAGACAGGAGACCGCUAUACUAAUGAUAGUGAACAAGGAGACCACCUGGAGCUGGACGCGGCUCAAGCAUCGAGCCAGAACUUGGAUCUCUACUUUCCAAGAACAAUGGACUUCUCGACCGAACCACGUCAUCAGCAUGGGACGCCCCCGUCCUCUUUCUCGACCGAAUCACGAAGAUCUGCUCGUCCUUUAGAUGAAAGUCACCUAUUUUCCACGUUAGACGGUGAAGAAAAUCGCGCCUUUUUGUUGGAUGAGACUCCUUUGGGUCUUUCACCUUUUGGUCUAACGCCAGAAGGCAACAUACAUCAUGGAGUCUCAACAUCUACUUCCGGAAUAAAUACUGUACAACUAGCAAGUGCUGGCAAUCGUGGAGAAGUAGAUCACAUCAACUACAUGAACAUGUUUGCUGGAGGUGAAGCGGCGUCACGGUCUACCUCGUCUCAUCUCUAUCAAUUUGGUAGAAGUGGUCAGCUUCUAGGAGGUGGUGGAGCAGGAGGUGCACGUAACUCGGAGGAGCUUGAGGAGUUGGUGAGAUCAAGAAGUUCAGGGUCCAAGAAAAUCAGAUCAGCUAGACAAAUCUUAGCAUCAUCAGCAAAAAAGACACGUGGUGGUGGAGGUGGAAGUUAUAAUGAAGAUAAUGACUGCUGUAGUCCUCGUGGUAGAAGUAGAAGUUGUGGCAGUAGAAGUUUACUCGGCACUACAGCCACAUCUCGGCUCAGUAACGGGGAAGACGAUGGUAGCAAAAUUGAGACGAAGUCGAAGACGCUACUGGCCAGCAAAAGUUCUCACGCGGCGCCCUCUUAUCGAAGUCGACGGCGGCGGUUGAUGGUUUUUCUUUUCUCGCUUGUCGCCAGUGUCUUUUUCCUCGUUCUGUGUUACCUCUUCUUUUCUCACUCUUUCUUUGUCCCCGCGAAUACAACGUCGAACAAGCUAUUUGUUUCAUCCGGUAUAGCUUCGCCCGACGCUGCAAAUGAUAGCAACAAAACCCCGACAACUAUAACACAUGACACUAUGGACGGAGGACACCAGGAUCAUGCUGUAGUUUCUACUAGUGCAAUAAAAAAUGUCAACAUCAAUGGAACUACUUCUAGUUCUACUACACAUGGUACUAGAGGUCCACGUCGUGCAGACGACCACGGACCUCCUCCUGACUACAUCAAGGCGUUUUCGCCUCACUCCUCGCAGGGAACUGACGCGGCACCAGAGUCGCCUCUCGGCGUCACCGAUGACGAAGUCGUCAGUAGAAGAGCAGCCAGGAGAAUGCUGCUUGCACAAAUCCCUCUAGGCCCUUCACGGAAUCAUUUACUAGGCGUAGGUGGAGGACGUGGCAAACACCCUUCAGCUCGAGGAGGGUCAUCUCCUUUCAAGAACAAUGUCUUUGGUAGUACUGGUGUGCUGACUAGAUCUUCAGGUACAACAGGU